AUGGCUCCAGUGGAUAUUACAGUCUAUUGGCCAAAGAGUUUGGGCGAGAUCCCAGUAACACUUUCCACCAUCUACCACCAACUCAAGCUACAAAUAUUAGUUCAAUACUACUCAAGCAAUGAUAAUGUUUGGGGUAGCAUUUAUUUGGCUAGGGACUUAUUGUUCGUCCUUUUCGUUUACCAUGCCGUUGUGAAUGUGUUGGGAGCAGUUUGGGCUUACGGAAUCACCGGAAUAAUUAAGAAGUUGUUCGUUUCUGUCUACUCAACCAUCGUACAGAAGAUUAUGUCUUUGCCAUUCGUGAAAAGCAAAAUCGAUAAGCAAUUGAGCGAAACAAUUAAGCAAAUUGAAGACCAGGUGAUCCAAAACGACGACAGUUUAUUGCAGUUUAAGGAAUUACCAAGCAAUGGGUUAUCAAGUGAAGUUGUGAGCACCGAGGUUGUAAAGCUGCAAGACUUGAAGCAUACUGAUUGGGUGAAUGGUAGAGUCAGUGGUGCCGUGUAUCACGGUGGGGAUGAUUUGUUGAACUUGCAGCUGGAAGCGUACCGCCAAUAUAGUGUAGCCAAUCAAUUACACCCGGAUGUUUUCCCAGGUCUUCGAAAAAUGGAAGCAGAAGUAGUUGCUAUGGUCUUGGACAUUUUCAAUGCGCCAGAGGGUGCAUGUGGGUGUACCGCUUCCGGAGGUACCGAAUCCUUACUAUUGACUGGAUUGGCUGCUCGUGAAUAUGGAAGAAAAUACAAGGGCAUAACUGCUCCUGAAGUUAUUGCACCAAUAACCAUUCACGCCGGUAUUGAAAAAGCUUGUUUUUAUUUCGGAAUGAAACUCCACAAGGUGGACUUGGAUCCCAAAACAUACAAAGUUGAUGUUGGCAAAGUCAAACGGUUGAUUAACAAGAAUACAGUGCUCAUUUGUGGUUCUGCUCCAAACUAUCCUCAUGGUAUCAUUGAUGAUAUUGAAGCGUUAUCGAAAUUGGCCGUGAAACACGAUAUUCCUUUACACGUCGAUGCAUGUCUUGGUUCCUUCAUUGUGUCAUUUUUGGAGUCUUCUAAAGUGCAUGCACCAGAGAAACUACCAUUGUUUGAUUUCCGAGUACCAGGAGUCACCUCGAUCUCUUGUGACACUCACAAGUAUGGUUUCGCUCCUAAAGGGUCAUCCAUUAUCAUGUACAGAUCUCCCAAGAUGCGUGAAUGUCAGUACUACAUUUCAAGUGACUGGACUGGUGGUAUGUAUGGAUCUCCUACAUUAGCUGGUUCAAGGCCAGGUGCUUUGAUGGUUGGUUGCUGGGCUACUUUGGUGCAUAUCGGUAAAGAUGGUUACAGGAAGAAUUGCUUUGAGAUUGUGAAUGCAACUAUCAAGCUCAAGAACGCCAUUGAGACCCACCCAGUUUUGUCGAAGUACUUGGAAGUCAUUGGUGAUCCUUUAUGUUCUGUUAUCGCUUUCAAGGUGAAGUCAAGUCAAUCCGAUAACUUGUCAAUUUACGAAUUGGGUGACUUGUUAGGCAAACAAGGAUGGCACUUUGCUACUUUGCAACACCCAGCUGCUUUGCAUUUUGCCCUUACUAGAUUAACAGUGCCAGUGAUUGAUGAAUUGAUCAGAGAUCUUAUAUCCAGUACUGAAGAGGCUGUUGAGUAUGUGAAAAAGAAUGGCAAACCACAAGGAGAUACCGCAGCAAUGUAUGGUGUUGCAGGAAGUAUUCACACUUCCGGGUUAGCUGACAAGUUGAUCACCGCCUUCAUUGAUAGUAUGUAUAAAAUGUAG